UUUUUGCAGGAAGUUAGAUGUGCGUAUGUGGUAUUGAUAAUGGCUGGCUACUGGGUGACUGACUGUUUUCCCAUGGCAGUAACAGCACUCAUUCCAGUAGUCAUGUUUCCGGCUUUGGGUGUACUCAGUACUAUGGAUGUAGCAACUUGUUAUAUGAAUGACACAAUAAUGGUAUUCCUCGGUGGUCUAAUUCUUGCCAUAUCUAUUGAGCAUAGUAAUCUCCAUCUUAGACUCGCUCUUGGAGUUAUGAGGACAGUCGGCUGCAGUCAUGCAAAUUUACUUGGUGGUUUUUGUGUAGUCACAACCUUUAUAUCUAUGUGGAUAACAAAUACUGCAGCUACUGCCCUGAUGAUACCAAUAAUAUUUGCAGUUUUGCGCGAGUUAGAACAGGCUGGAUUAGGUGCAAUCUUUAAGACAAUCGAUGUGGGACCAGGUUCGCCGCCCGAGAUAAGACCAACAAAAAUAACAAGAGCAUAUUUGUUAGUAGCGGCUUACUGUUCGUCAAUUGGCGGUACGGGAACGUUAGUAGGAACUGGUACAAAUCUAACUUUCAAAGGAAUCUAUGAAAGUAUAUUUCCUGACGCUGAGCCAAUUAUUUUUACCGACUGGAUGGUAGCAUCUCUUCCUCAAAUGAUUGUCAAUUCCUUCCUCACUUGGUUAUACGUGCGAAUUGCUUUUCUGGGAUUUCUAAGACCGCGCAGUAAAGACGCUCAAGUGGCUAGAAUUGGAAGAGAAGGUGAAGCCGUCGCAAUGGAAGUUAUACAACAGAGAUAUAAAAAUUUGGGCCCUAUAAGUUGUCACGAGACAGGAGUGGCGACAUUAUUUAUCUUGUGCGUAUUUCUUUGGUUAUUUCGCAAACCAGGCUUUAUCCGUGGAUGGUCGGAAUUACUCACUGAUGUAGAUCUCCGAGACUCAAUGCCGGUGAUGCUCGUCUCCAUUUUGAUGUUCUUCAUCCCGAAAGAUCUUAAUUUUAUUCAUAGUUACAGUAAAGAUCCCAAAAAAAGGCCGACCAGAUCCUCGGAAGGUCUGAUAACAUGGAAAGUAAUUGAGGCCAAGAUGCCAUGGAGUCUGAUGUUUUUACUGGGUGGCGGUUUCGCGAUCUCGAGAGGAAGUGUUGCGUCCUGUAUGGCAAGACGGGUUGGUGAAGCUCUAGUACCACUCCGUUACUUACCACCCGUUCUUAUACUUGCUGUGGUAUGUCUCUUCGAAGGACUUUUAACGGAAUUUACUUCAAAUGUGGGUGUUGCGAAUAUCACUCUACCAGUGAUAGCAGAAAUGUGUGUAGCAAUGGAGAUACAUCCCAUGUAUUUGAUGAUACCAGCCACAUUGAUGUGUUCGUUUUCAUUCCGAUUGCCAGUUGGUACACCUCCAAACGCAAUUGUAGCCAUCGCAGGACACAUUCCCACCGGUUGGUUGAUCGCUGGAGGCUGUGCACCCUCAAUUUAUGCUUGGCUAGUGGAAGUUCUUUUCUUUCCGACAUGGGGUGUUUUCGUUUAUGGAAUUAGAGAGCUUCCCGAUUGGGUUAAACGUGUCCAACCAGACAACGACACAGACGCAUACUGUUAAUUUAUUUAAGAAGAAAUUUAUUUAAUUACAUCAAAUCAUUUCAUUUUUGCUUAGAUAAUUUAUUUCCAAAAAGUUGAAUUUACAAUUAAAAUUUAAAUAUAAAUAUAUCUAAAGAUGUGUUAAAAAUGUGUAACUUAUAUUAUUUUUCUCACAUUGCAUUACAUUGAACGAAUGUGUUAAUUAUAUUAUAUAAAUACAUUAAUAAAUUGUUCUUUUAAAUUGGAAUAUGGAGGAAAUAAAUAAAUAUUAACUAGACAAAAGGAUACGAUUAUUUUGCGAAAAAGGUUUGAAUAAUAUUGUACAUUAUAUAGAAGAAUGUAAUACUACUAAGGAAUGGUUGGCAGUCUUAGAUAGGAAUAAAAAAUAAAUAUGAAAAAGAUUAUGGAGUGAGGAUUUGAAUGAAAUGAAAGGAAAGAUAUUAAAGAAAUUGUGAAAGGCGAGAGAGAAGAGAUUAGAAAACAGAUAUAAGUGAAGUGGAUAACUUCCCUCUUGUAAGAUGUAAAGGGUAGAGAUAAAAUAGAGAUAGGAAUAUGCAAUAUGUGAAACAGUAAGCAUGCAACAAGAGUAGGAUAAUGCAAUAUUAUAAAACAAUUGUGACUGAUUAUAAAGCUGUGUUAAAUAAUAAAGUGGAGCACUUAAUUAUGUAAUUAAGAUUGUAAAAUGGUAGAGUUAGAUGUUUUUUAAAAUAGAAGAAGAAUUUUUGUGAUUAAAUAGGAUAGGCGUAAGAGAUGAAUGGAUGGAUAUGUGAGAUAUUCUGUGUAAACCAAAUCUCUUUUUGACUACAAAUAUUGCUUGAAGAAUGA